CAAUCCUUGCCCAGUACAAUCCAGUCCAGUCCCGUCCACGAAAAGUGCAGCCUAGCAAAUACUGGACCUCAAGGUGGUGGUUUACUGGUUUACUGAUUACUGGGCCAUCCGCCAGCAUAUGCGAUUGCUUCUGUGUCUCAUGGGAAGUAUCACUCGCCUUACACGACUACCCGCUAUCUCAUAUUGUGGGAGCCCCCCUCCCCUUUCUUGCGGUGCCGAAGGAUUGGGUGCGACAGAGGACAUUCUUAGAUUUCACACUUAUUUACUGUAUGUACACUGGACUAGCCCCCUCUCUUGCCAGUGCGUUCGCUGGUCUUUUCUUCGCUUUUUCUUUCGGGUGCCUAGCAAGAUCGACGCGCAAAGCAGCGGUCAAACCCCCCCCCCUCCCCUCAACCUCAACCCUUAAAGACGAUGAUGCUGUGGGUUUACGGUGUCGUUCGCUUCCCCUCUUGCUCGUGCUCGUGCAACAUGACUCUUGUCAUUGUAAGAAACUUUGAACACAUCGAUGUAUGAGUAUGGAUGGAUUCGCAUGAGAACCUUGUGAGAGAGAAUUAGAG